AUGGCGGCAGGCGUCAUCAGAAGCUUCCUCGUCCAGGCCCCGACUCCGCCCUACUUCCCCCUGAUGUUUCAGCACUCUCCAUGCAAGGCGGAUGAAGACGUGGAGAUGCUGGAGGCAAAGCUAGAGGGGAGGGAAGAUGAUGAAGAAAGAGAGGUAGAGGAGGAGGAUGAAGAGUCUGAGGCUCAGGAGGAAGAGGAGGAAUGUUUGGAUGAGGUUUUCUUAAAUCCCGCCACCUACGCUUUAGACGUGACCAAGCAGCUGCUGAGGUUUGCAGAUCUCAUCAGCCGUGACGUCCAGCGGUAUUUCGGUCGCUGCUCUGAUGAUCAAGAAGCUUGUGACAUCUACAGCGACUCUGUGUCUGUCACGACCAGCGGACGCCUGCGUUAUUAUGACGACCUCCUGAAAAUUGCAAGAGCAGGAAGUCCAGGAGAGCAAGAAAGCAGUGCGGCAACUUCUGCUGGUGAUGAAGGGGUUGCUAAGGGCAACAGCGGUUUGGGGCCCCUGGCUGAACUGUUCAACCACAGGGGCCCAACUCAGGCCCGCAGCCGACCAAUGAUCAAGCGGCAUCUCCCACUCAGUUUCUGGACUGAGCCGAUCCCCUGCUGCUCUCUGGUCGGUUUCAGCAACACACCUGACGUCAUGCACAAAAACAGUGACACACCCUCACAGGACAGCACACACACAGACGCUAACACACACAUGCAGUACAACGUGCUCCCACAUCACAGCACACACGCCCUCGACAGCACUCAGCCAGACUUCAGUGACCUGCUGGCAAACUGGGAUCCAAACCCGGAGCUCACACACACACUGACAGAGAACACACACAUGCAGCAUUAAACAGAGCAGCCAGCUGUGACUUACAGCUUUAUUAAUGCCCUUUUAAACGCUGACGGAUGCCUGUAAAUAAAAAUAACAAAAGAAUAUUAAUAAAAAUAAGCAAAUCAA